AUGAAUCAAAAUCAGACAACAAUUACAGAGUUCAUCCUACUGGGAUUUGACCUUGAUCAAAGGAUUCUCAAGUUCCUUUUUGGACUCUUCUCCUUGUUCUACACCAUCACUCUGCUGGGGAAUGGGGUCAUUCUGGGGCUCAUCUCUCUAGACUCCAGACUACACACCCCCAUGUACUUCUUCCUAUCCCACCUGGCCAUUGUUGACAUAGCCUAUGCCUGCAACACGGUGCCCCAGAUGCUGGUGAACCUUCUAGAGCCAACCAAGCCCAUAUCCUUUGCUGGCUGCAUUACACAAACCUUUUUCUUUUUAACUUUUGCACACACGGAAUGUCUUCUCCUGGUGGUUAUGUCCUAUGAUCGUUUUGUGGCUAUCUGUCAUCCCCUCCGCUAUACUGUCAUAGUCAGUUGGAGAGUCUGCACCUCCUUGGUGACAGCCUCCUGGGCAUGUGGUGCCCUCCUUUCUCUGGUCCAUAUAAUUCUCCUUUUGAGGCUGCCCUUCUGUGGACCUCAUGAAAUUAAUCACUUCUUCUGUGAAAUCCUGUCCGUCCUCAGGCUGGUCUGUGCUGACACUACACUCAACGAACUUGUAAUCUUUGUUGCCUGUGUCUUUCUCUUAGUGGGGCCCCUCAACUUGGUGCUGAUAUCCUACACGCGCAUCCUGAUGUCCAUCCUCAGGAUCCAGUCAGGGGAGGGCCGCAGAAAAGCCUUUUCCACCUGCUCCUCCCACCUCUGUGUAGUUGGGCUCUUCUUUGGCAACGCCAUUGUCGUGUACAUGACCCCCAAAUCCCACCAACCUGAGAAACAGCAGAAGAUCUUGUUCCUGUUUUACAGUUUUUUCAAACCGAUGCUUAACCCUCUGAUCUAUAGCCUGAGGAAUGCAGAGGUGAAGGGUGCUCUAAGAAGAGUGCUGAAAAGGGAAAGUCACUCCUAG